GGCUGGAAAAGUCGGCGCUGGAGUAAGAACUGGAGUAGGUGUCCCGGCGGCCGCGGCGGGGGCGCCCCGGCUCCCGGCUCCCGGCUCGCGGCAGGGCGCCCCGCGGAUGGGCCCGCUGCUCCCAGGAGGACGUGCCUCCCUGUGUCCCCAAGCACGAGCGCGUGGCUGUGCUGCUCUCCUGUGACUGACGCUCGUUCUCCCAGGACAUCCAGACUCACGCGAUGGUGAGCCAUGUUUCGGAAGGGCAAGAAGCGGCACAGUAGUAGCAGUUCACAAAGCAGUGAGAUCAGCACGAAGAGCAAGUCGGUGGACUCCAGCCUCGGGGGGCUCUCCCGGUCCAGCACCGUCGCCAGCCUCGACACGGAUUCCACCAAAAGCUCAGGUCAGAGCAACAAUAAUUCUGACACCUGUGCAGAAUUUCGAAUAAAGUAUGUUGGUGCCAUUGAGAAACUGAAUCUCUCGGAGGGCAAAAGUCUCGAAGGACCACUAGACCUGAUAAAUUACAUAGAUGUUGCCCAGCAAGAUGGAAAAUUGCCCUUCGUGCCCCUGGAGGAAGAGUUCAUCAUGGGAGUUUCCAAGUAUGGGAUAAAAGUGUCCACGUCAGAUCAAUACGACGUCCUGCACCGGCACGCGCUCUACCUGAUCAUCCGCAUGGUGUGUUACGACGACGGCCUGGGCGCCGGCAAGAGCCUGCUUGCGCUCAAGACCACAGAUGCCAGCCACCGGGAGUACAGCCUGUGGGUGUAUCAGUGCAGCAGCCUGGAACAAGCCCAGGCAAUCUGCAGGGUGCUCUCCACCGCCUUCGACUCCGUGCUAACCUUGGAGAAGUCCUGAACCCUGUCACAGGAAGCCAGCCUCAUCAAAGGCCUGCUGUUUUCCAAGUCACCUGCUCUCAGUCUGGAUGCCCAACUGCUAUGGAGAUGGGAAGUGACACCCAAAUUCCGUGUUUUGAAAUCUUUCUUUGCAUUAAAAUGUGUCAGGUCAGACAGCAAACUAAUUUUCACUGAACUGCCCACACUCGGGUAAGAUGAAACCGCAGCCAAGCUUACUAUGGAAGCAAGCGGCCACAGGCGUUCACUGAGCUGUAGCAUCCAGGAUGGAAACCGCUCGUGUGACCUCUAGUGUCACUGGCUUGUCACAGGCAGGCACAAGUUGGGACCGAGGGACCCGCGUUUCUGCCAGAGCUGUGACGCUGCUGCUUAAGAUGUUACAAAAUACCUUUUCAGAAUUGUGUCAGUGUAACAUGCCAGAAAAAAAUCAGUGUUGCUGGGCGCUGGUGGCACACAUCUGUA